AUGACUCCCACAAAUGUUACUGUCUUUACUGAAUUCUAUCUGCUGGGAUUUCCAGGACUCCAUCCACAGUAUUAUGGAACCGUGGGAACCCUUUUGUUCUUUGUCUUCUUGACACUAGCAGGAGGAAAUAUCUUUAUUAUUGCAUUUAUUGCUUAUGAGAGAAGUCUUCAGAAACCCACCUAUUUAAUCAUCUGUAAUCUUGCAGUGUCUGAUCUUGCUUUUGGAACCGUCACGCUGCCUAAAGCCAUUGCAAAAUACUUUUUCAAUAGCAGUGAGAUACCAUUUUAUAGCUGCUUUGUGCAGAUGUUUUUUGUUCACUACUUAGGGAGUAUUAACUCUUUUAUAAUGCUAUUAAUGGCUAUUGAUCGGUUUGUUGCAGUGUGUAACCCGCUGAGAUACUGUGUCCUUAUUACAAAUAAGACAAUUUUAUUGGCAUGUGCAGUGAUUUGGAUCAUCUGUAUUUCAUGGCUGACAGUCAUUGUUUAUCAUGCCUUCGAUGAGCCCUACUGUGGUUGCAAUGUAAUAACCCAAAAUUACUGUUAUCAAAAUUCAAUAAUUAAACUGUCUUGUGGAGACGUAAGGCAGAAAAAGUUUUUUUCAUUUUCAUGUGCCAUGUUUGUUCUCAGUGUUGUUUUUAUUAAAAUGUAA